AUGGGUGGCAAAAUAGUGCAGAGGAGAGAGCACCAGAGAAAGAAAACAAAGAAUGAAAUCAGCUUCUUAAAGGAUGAAAGUUGCAAAGAUUCAUUGCUUGUGAGUAGAGGAGAGGGUUUAUCUCCGAGUCGUGCAAUUAAGAAGAAGGAGAAGAGUGAGGGACGUGCUGUUAAUUCAGAAUGCGGAAAUAAAAGAAAGAAGAAGGCCAAGUUAGUGAAAAAAAAUGGUUCAGAAGAAAAAAGCAGUGACAGAGCAAUCCAAAUUGAAAAAAUGUCGAGACUACUGGAUGAGAUGGUUAAAGAAGGUGCUUUAACUAUAUCAAUGCUCGUGCUUAAGGUGCAGAAGGUCUGUGUGCUGAAUUUACAAAGCACCCUUUGGUUAAACAUUGUUGAAAUAAGAUUGGGGCAACUUGAUGUUGGAGGACUCAUCAGAAAGACCUUGGCAGAUGCCUUGGGCAAACAUAGGUUUCAUGUAAAGGAUACAUCACAUAGAAUAAAACUGCUCAAUACGAAGAAAGGAAAAUGGUCCCAAUAUGAGUACCAGUCUUUAUUUGAUUUAGUGAAUUUGGAUUUGCGCAUGAAAACUUUUGAUGAAAAGAAAACAAAGCAUGGAAUUUUACGAGAUAAUACUAGUUUUACAACAAUUUGUGAGAAGCUGGAAACUAGGACUGAUGCUUUCUGCUGCAAAAAAUGGUGUGACCAAUUAACAUCACCUAUAGUUGCUGAAGGUAAAUGGCUUUAUAGAGAUUACUAUUGGCUGCUGUUGGAGCUCUAUGACUUGGAUGCCUGCUGCAUGAAAGAUGUUGACUGGGACAAUCUUCUAGAGCAUAGGUCUGGACAUCUAUGCAGCGAUGGAACCAAAUGGUCAAACACCUUGGUGGCCAUUGUAAUAAGUCAGUUGCUGACCAGUUGA